AUGAUAUCGAUCGCCAGCUGGGAUGGUCUUCAUUCAGGGUUCGUUCACUCACCUCUGGUUGUAGAACGAGGUCAUGGAUCUCCUCUCCGGGCCAGGAACCGACGACAAGUUUGCAUCAGCCCGGAGACCGCAACUAAUAGAGAUGGCAGAGGUCCCGACAUCAUUUCCAAGACCGCAAGUACCUCAAGCCCAGCCUCACCACGGCUGCCAAUACGUCGCUGCACCUUGGCCCACAUUGCCGAGGCGGUGGGCUAUGCAGCUCGCUAUUUAAUAUCAAGUCGCUUGAGGCUAAGACGCCGGCCUUGGAUGUUUGGCGAAUUCCUCCGCGGACUAACAAUAGACUACAAAUUAACGAGAGCCAUUAGCGAGGUUGCCUUUAUUACCAUCAGCUUUGAAUAUUCAUCGGAGGUCCAAGGUGCCGUGCUCCUCGAGUGA